AGGCAGAAACGCCCAGUCUGUUGGCUGCAGGUUCGUAAGUGCGCGAGCGCGUGGGUCUUUUCUAGGGGUGUGUGCAUCUCAUCAUUACUCCACAACACCGAUCAGACACCACACAUCAACCUACGACAGGUCACGGAGGAGCAGUACAUCACUCGCCCUGGAAACCGACGCGUUUACGCAGCAUCCACACGACCGCGCCUUUCAAAGCGUUUAUCAGCGCGCUCGUUCCCAAAUUCAACCGGAGUCCUACAGGACAAAAGUGCCAUCUGAUACCGGACAAUGACAGUGACCCAGAGCCGGAGAUAGGGAUGGAUGCGAGAGUGUGCAGGAUGCUCGUCCUGGUUGGUGUUUUUGCGCUUUGGGUACCGGCGAUCGCGGAGGUGAAUGGAGAAGAUGGCUACCUGAAUGCUGUCCAGAAUACAGUUCCUCUGUCCUGCUCUGAGGGAUUCACUGAGUUGGGUUACUACAAUGGCACCGUUUCUCAGACCGACUCCGGUUCACCCUGUCUGAAGUGGACGGAGUUUCCAGAUUACGUGCAGCAGUAUCCGGGCAGGGGUCUGGGAGAGCACAACUUCUGUCGAAAUCCUGACCGCGAGUCAAACCCAUGGUGCUUUUUUAGACAGAGCUCAGGAGCCAUCGGAUGGGCCUACUGCGACUGUCACCAGGGAGCGGUCAGGUUAGCAGGGGGUUCGUCCUCUAACAGCGGCCGUCUUGAGGUCUACCUGAAUGGCCAAUGGGGGUCAGUUUGUGACACACACUGGACGGACCGUGAUGCCAGCGUGGUUUGCCGGCAGCUUGGACUGGGUGAGAUUGGCACGGCUCUUCAGCACUCAUAUUUUGGCCCCGGUUCCGGGCUCUUUCACUACGCCCGCCUUGGCUGCCGUGGCGAUGAGAAAUCCCUGCUGCAGUGCAGGAGCAGGAAGUUUGUUACUAGCGACUGUAACCAUGGAAACGAAGCCGGAGUGGUGUGCGCACCACCUGAAGGUAAUGGACCUCCGCUGCGGUUAGUUGGAGGACAAGAGGACUUUGAGGGUCGAGUCGAGGUCUUUCAUGAAGGCCGCUGGGGGACCAUCUGUGAUGACCAGUGGGAUGAUAUGGAUGCUGAGGUGGUCUGUAGACACCUCGGACUGGGAGGUAUACCGAAGGCCUGGUCAUGGGCUCAUUUUGGGCAAGGCAGUGGGCCGAUCCAGCUGGAUGCAGUACAGUGCACAGGCAAUGAACUCUCUUUGGACGAGUGUCGUCACAGUGGAUGGGAACAGCACAACUGCGAUCAUAUGGAAGACGCCGGGGUGUCAUGCAACCCCUAUACAGAUGGGGUGGUGAGACUGGUCGAUGGUGAUAACCCAUGGGAGGGACGUCUGGAAGUCUAUCACUCCGGAGAUUGGGGUACAGUAUGUGACGACAGCUGGACUGAGCAGCAUGCACAGGUGGUCUGUAGACAGCUGGGAUUCAGGGGCGGUGCGGAGGUCGUGGCCACUGGGGUGUUUGGAGAAGGAACAGGAUUGAUUUUGUUGGACGAUGUUGAGUGUGAGGGUAGCGAAGCCUCCCUGCUGGAGUGUAAACAUAGCGUUUGGGGUCGACACGAUUGCUCACACAGCGAAGAUGUUGGAAUACGCUGCCACAGGGCAGAAAACAAUGAGGUCCCACUAGCUCCGGAAACUACUGGGCCGCUGGUACGAUUGGUGGGCGGAGAUAACAGGAAGGAGGGCAGGGUGGAGGUGUUUCUCAACGGUGAAUGGGGCGGAGUUUGCGAUCAUGGCUGGAACGAUGUCAACGCUGCCAUCGUCUGCAGACAGCUCGGUUUCACCGGGGUGGCAAAAACACGUCCGAUGGGUUUUUAUGGAGCAGGGAAGGGGACCAUCCACCUGACCAAUGUGAGGUGCACUGGAAAGGAGUCGUUUCUUGGGGAGUGCCCUGCUAAAGGACAGGACACCCACGUGUGUAAGCACGGACAGGAUGCGGGUGUGAUGUGCGAUUACAUGCCCGAGCCGGAGGCUGAUAUAGCAGUGGUGGGAACACACACCUGUGGGUUAAGAGCUGGCGCUGAGAGACGCAGCAAGAGGAUUGUGGGAGGAUAUAAAUCUCUCAGGGGCGACUGGCCCUGGCAGGCGUCCCUAUGGCUCAGAUCUCAGUCUAAAGGGAAUCAGCCUCUAUGUGGUGCUACUCUCAUAAACUCCUGCUGGCUGCUCACCGCUGCUCACUGCUUCAAACGGUUUGGAAGUGAAGCAUCGCGGUACGUGGUGAAGCUCGGGGAUUAUCACACGCAGGAGCAGGAUGACUUUGAACGCGUGCUGUCUCCAGAGCACAUCCACGUGCACAGGAAGUACCGCACAGAGAGCUGGGAGCACGACGUGGCUCUGAUCCGGCUAAAGGGGGCGGAGGGAAAGUGUGUGGCUUUUAAUCCCCACACGAACGCUGCCUGUCUGCCCGCACCUGGGAGCAUGUGGGGCAAAAGACCUUCGUCCUGUGUCAUCACUGGCUGGGGAGUGACUGACACAGAGCAUCCUAACACUCUUCUCCAGGCCUGGGUUCCUCUUUUGCCCUCCUGGCAAUGUAAGAAGCGCUACGGCGAGCGCUUCACAAGCCACGACAUGUUGUGUGCCGGCACCAUGUCCUCUGACCUCCGAAAGCAUGCCGACAGCUGCCAAGGUGACAGCGGGGGUCCGCUUGUGUGUCAGGGUGAGACGGGGCGCUGGGUACUCACAGGAGUCAUUUCCUGGGGUCACGGCUGCGGUGACCCCUCUUACCCAGGCGUAUAUUCGAGGGUCAGCCGUUACCUGCAGUGGAUCGAACAGGUGACGCACAGCACCGCCCCUCUUCAGCACUAAAUCUCUCUCUCUAAGAGGUCCUUGACACUUCUGAACAACAGGACUCUUGAAAAGGAGAAACAGGAGCCUGAAAGUGUUUAACAUCGUUCUGCUCUACGCUUUGACCUCCCUGUCCUCUGCAAAAGCACUGGAUCUAAUCUCCAUCUGUACAGUUUCAUGUAGUCUUAGCAUUUAGAGAUUAGAAGUGUUGCUUGCUCUCAGAAAGAGCCACGCAUAUUGAGUAUGUGAAUCUGGGGAAUUAUAGAAUGAACAAUGUGAUGUUAAAGGAACAGUUCACUAAAAAUCAAAAAAUUUUGUCGUCAUUUACUCAUCCAUUAUGAAAGAAAAUAGUGAAAAUGACAAAAAUACAUCAUAAAUUAAGUUUAUGAAUAAAACUCAAAUCCUGUAGAUGGAGCCCAUAAAAUUGCUUUUGUGAUAGGUUGCAAAGCUCGGGAAUUUUGAAAAAAUUCCACGUUGGAAAAUUGAGGAAUUAAAGGAAAUCAUUUGUAAAUUUUGGGUAAUUUAUACAAACUGUAUCACUCACAAACAUUAGCUUCCUCAAUAUCUGACUCAUCUUCAUCCGUGUGCCCCAACUCCCAUAUAUUGCCGUGUUUUUCCACGGCAACUUUCCGAAAUUCCCAGAACUUUGCAACUGUAUUGACAGAUCACAAUUCAAGCCUUUAUGUGCAUUACUAUAUGGGAGGAUCAUACAGUAGAUAAACACAUAAAGGUUAUCAAAUGAUAAGACAUGAUUUUAAUUUUUAGGUGAACUGCACCUUUAAAAGAAGUAUCUGAUUCUGUUGUGCAUUUAAACUUUGUAGUGCUAUCCAGGGGCUGCAGUGCAUGUUAAUGUAUGUAUCGCAUUCAAAAGCCAUUCAGUGCAGCUGCCCAAGCCUUCUGCAUGGUAGGAAAAGGUAACGUAAGCUCUGCACCUUAACUGGUUUAAGGAAACCGAAGGGAUUCCCAUGGGGGUUCAGCUUUCUUUAUUUAACAGAACGCUUGAACUCUGAUGUUUGAAGAAACAUUAUCAGUGUCGUGGAUUAGACAAGUAGAAACAAAGUCACACAUUUUUUAGAUAGCUGACAGUUGAAGUGAUCUUUAAAGCCAUGAGUCUUCUAUAAAUGUAUCUCAAUGUGACAAAGUGCAACAAAGCCUUGUUUUACAUCAUGUCAAUCAUGACGGUAAUAUUAAGCUCUUCGAAUUCACAUUCAUUUUCUUAGUAUGAUCCAGAACUAAAAUAAAUGUUUAGUUUGAUCUCAGUAGAUGUUUUAAGGCUUAGGUGACAUUUUAGAGGAUUAGCCUAACGUGACUUUUCUCUUAUGGUCAGUUUGGUUCAGUUUGUAAUGGUGAUUUGAUACAAUGUGUAUCAUUAGGUAAAAGAAGUAUUACAAUUAAUAAUGGUGGUGGUUUUAUAAGGGUGUUAUCAAGAGAGUUUCUUAAAGUCUAGAAAGGAAGUUUUGGACAUUCUCUACAUCUUUGUUAACUGUCUGUGUAAUGAGAUUGUAUUUUGUAGCAUCUUUAACUCUUCUUGUUCUUUGUUUUGUGAACUGUGUGUUUUCAUCCAGUGGGUGGCGAUAUUGUGUUUUAUUACUCAAUAGGAGAUCCAUUCUGUUUUGUGCUGUAAAUAGAAAAAUCUCUUCAAUCUGUUUCUCAUUUUAAUUCCUAAUGAUUCUUGUUCUAUUAAUAACAUAAUUCAUGAUACAUUGAUGCAAAUUUUACAGUCAUGUGUUAAGUUGGUAAGUAACAAGGGCUCUUUAAAAUUGGUCAUUAACAGUGGCAGUAGGCUAAUGUAAAUACAGUAGGAAGUGACAUCAUGAGAAAUGAAGCAUGGCUGAGAAUAGCGAGAGAUUUUUUUUUAUUAUUUCCAAUUUAGUUUUUUUAGUUUUUUUUUAGUUUUGUUACCUUAAAAUUUGGACUUAAUGUGAAUCUAAAUAAUGAUUUAAAUAUAACUGACUGAGCAAAAGAAAAAUGGCACUUUAGUGCAUUAGGAACUUCAAUGUAAGGUUGACUUUUUUAUUUUUAGGUAUGUCUCUAUUUUUGUAUGGACAUUAAUGUCUAUUUUUAUGUUCCUUAAUGCGUAAACUACACUCUAAAAAAUGAUUGGGUUGGGUAAAAAAGGGAUGAGCCAAAACCCCUUGGGUUAUAAUUUAUCCUAUGAUGGGUUGUUUUAAUCCACCUGCUGGGCUUGUCCCCUUUUGACCCAAUGCUGGGUUAAAAAUAACCCUGCAUUUUUUAGACUGUAUUUAUUAUAACAAAAAUGUUCACUCCCUGAAACACAGGCACAAUUUACUGCGAGAUGUACUUUAAAAACAGUUCUUAACAUGAAAAAAAAUUAUUCUGCCUGCUUUUAUUAUUAAUGCAUAUUUUAAUAAUCUGAUAUUGCCUGCUGAAUUAGUUAACAGGCAUAUAUUAUUUAUGUAUUCUUAAUGUAAGUGGAGCCAAGCCUUCCAAUAGGCCUGCAUUUCUAUGGCAUUAUAUUUUAUUGCUAUAAAAUCCAGCAGGCCUAUACAUUCCAUAAUGGAUUUAGAAGAAACAGGAAGAGCUCAUAUUUCAAAUUACAUCUUUUUUUACUUCAUUAGGUCUAGUGGGAGUAAUUGGAUAUGUGUUAUAUGGGACUGUCUUGUGCACUUCCUCUUUUGUGUUCUGGAUUUUGCCUGCUCAGAUCUUCAAAAGCCAUCCUAAUAUGUAAAGUAGGCUACUUGGACUGUAUAAAGUGGCCAGUCACAGCAUCAGAGCUUUGGGACUCUUCAUCAGGGGCCAGGAACUCCUCUCUGUAUGCACUGGUUGUGCGAAGGGGUUGAUGUCUGUUGCAUGUCAUGCAAGCAUCUCUUUGUGUGUUUAUGAUGUUCUCAGUCAUUACAAAGUCUUUGAUUUUCUGUAAAAAUGCUUUGAAUAUUUUCAUGUGUGACAAGUGCCAAAAUAAAGUGACCUCUUCUUGUG